CCUGCUUCUAUAGACACAAAUGUAAAGAAACGUUUCAAACAUCAUUUCAUGAAGUUUAGCUGCGACCUGCGGGGAGAACAUAAGGCUUUGCCGCCUUCUUCGUCUUUCCAGUUGAUACACUGCAUCUGUGAUCAUCUCUACAAAGAGCACUUGUAAGGCAGAAGUAAAGAUGAGUGUCGAGUACCGUGCCUCCACAGCGACAAACAUGGACAUUGAAGACAGUAAAAUUGCCUACAAGCAGCUUUUUGGGGAGAACAGCCAACUCCGCUAUUCAGUUUUUGUGUUGAGAAACAGCCCUUUCAAGGUUGCUACAGUUUGCUUUGGGCUGCUCGCUGUCAUCCUGCUGGUUGCGAUCAUAGGUCAAGACGUCCGCAAUCAAAAAGUAGAGCAAGACCAUCAGAACAACUUAAAAGCCAUGAAUCAGGAGAAGGACGCCCUGCAAAAGAACCUGAACACGGUGCAAAAAGACAAACGGGAUCUGGAAUCCAAACAGAAUCGGUUACAGGAAGAAGUUGAUUACAGGUCUAAAAGGACCAAUGUAGUACAGAUCAACAACGAUGUACUAACUCAGGAAAGAGACACACUGAAACUCAGUCACAGCCAGCUACAGACCAACAGCGAUGCUUUAAACAAAGAGUUAAAAGAGCUACAAACCGCUAAAGACCAGCUGCAGACGAACCAAAAUGCCUUGAUUACAGCCAACAGCCAGUUACAAAAACAGCAUGAUACAGUUCUUGCACGUAGAAACGAGCUCCAGACCAAUUACGACUCAGUGAGCAAAGAAAGGGACAACUUACAGAACAAGUUCAACAAUGUAACCGGGGCCAGAGAGCAGCUGCAGUUAACUUACAAUGACUUGAUCCUGAAAGUAGAAAAUUUGCAGGACAGAUAUAACGUCUCUGUCAGUGAGAAAGACAAGCUAGCAAGCAGUCACCAAAACCUGACUACAGAAAAGGACACCCUGCAGGCCUCUUAUAACUCAAUUAAAAAGUCAGAAAAUGACUUGCAGGUUUCUUACAAAUCACUGCUUGGGGAAAAAAAUGAGCUUGAGAGCAGUUUAAGGAACGUGACGGCGGAGAGAGACCUGCUGAAGGUGAAAAACGACAAUCUGACUGCUGAGAGAGACGAGCUGGUGGACAAAUUUGGCAAACUGAAUGUGACGAUUCAAGACAAGAAAUGCCCCAGUGGCUGGAGGAAGUUUGAAUACAGCUGCUACUACCCCUCCUUUGCCAGGAAAUCUUGGGCCUCGGCAAGGUCAAGCUGUAAACUCAAAGACGCUGACCUGGCAAUCAUAAACAGCAGAGAAGAAUUGGAGUUCAUUAAAGGCCUGUUUAACAGUGACAGAGAAAUCUGGAUUGGAUUGACUGAUGAAGGACUGGAAGGGCAGUGGAAAUGGGUGGAUGGGACACCGCUGACAACAGCGUUCUGGGGUAAAGGCCAGCCCAACAGCUAUGAUGGGAGGAACCAGGACUGCGUGGAGAUCUGGCACCGUCAAACAGCGGAUGGGUAUUGGAAUGACGAGAACUGUAACAAUGAACAAUACUCCAUUUGUGAGAAGUAGUUUUCUUGCACAGAGCGGCCUGAAGCGUUGGUUAGAUACCACUCAGCAACACGUUUUUGUGACCGGUUUGCACACAGUGACACACACCACCGCCAACAGCUGAAGCCCGAAAUGGACUUUAUUGUGAUGAGUAAUGUUUGAUGGAGUUAAAUUUAGCAGACAGCUGAAGAAACAGGUUGAUGUAGGUUGUUUUGAGCAAACUGCCUUGUUAAUGUGGAACCAUGACUGGUCCAGAGGGGACGGAGAUUUCUAUAAAUAUCUGUACACAUUGUAGAAACUGUCAGUGUAAUGAAUGAUGAUGACAAUGAUUAGACAUUUGCUAAUGGAUUCUAUUUUUAACAAGUGACAAUUGCUACACAGUUUAGUUUUCCCAUGUGCAUGAUUACAUCAAACCAAAUAACUAAACUGAUUAUUUGAUUCAGUGACUAAUAAAUGCAUUUCUGAAGAACCUGUA